AUGAACGUUGGUGGUGGCGACGAAAAAACAGCUCUGGAGCAGUUUGGAACCGAUCUGACAGCUCGCGCAAGAGAUGGAAAAUUAGAUCCAAUCAUUGGCCGUGAUGCUGAGAUUAAGCGGACAAUCCAAGUUCUUUCCCGGCGGACUAAGAACAAUCCUGUUCUUAUAGGAGCUGCCGGUACGGGAAAAACUGCAAUUCUUGAGGGGCUUGCACAGAGAAUAUUCAGAGGAGAUUUUGAGGAGCGAUUGAAGGGUGUUCUAAAGGAAGUCUCUGAGUCUCAGGGAAAAAUCAUACUUUUCAUUGACGAGCUUCAUACACUUUUGGGUCUCGGAAAAGCGGAGGGAUCAGUUGAUGCUUCGAACCUUCUCAAACCCCAACUCAGUCGUGGUGAGCUUCAAUGUUGUGGCGCAACAACAUUGAAUGAAUAUCGUCAAAUUGAGAAGGAUGCGGCACUGGCCAGGAGGUUUCAGCCCAUAAUUGUCGAGGAGCCAACAGUUCAAGAUACAAUAACUAUUCUUCGAGGGAUCAAAGAUCGAUACGAGGUUCAUCAUGGUGUUAGGAUCACUGACAGUGCGUUAGUAGCUGCGGCGACUUUGUCAAAUAGAUAUAUUACGGACCGUUUCCUCCCCGACAAGGCCAUAGACCUAGUUGACGAGGCUGCAUCCGCGCUCAGGCUUCAACAGGAAUCUCGCCCUGAUGAAAUACAAGAGCUUGAUCGUGCGAUUCUGACGAUCCAGAUCGAACUCGAGUCACUCCGGAAAGAGGAAGAUGUUGCCUCUAAAGAGCGAAAAGAGAGACUCGAGCAAACUUUGAAGGAAAAACAGGCAAAGGUCAAUGAACUUAUCAAAGUAUGGGAGAAAGAAAAGGCGGAACUUGCAGAGAUCAAGAACACCAAAGCAGAACUCGAAAAAGCAAGGUUAGAGCUUGAAAAGUAUAGGAGGGAAGGUAAUUUUGGGAAAGCCAGCGAGCUGCAAUAUUCAACGAUCCCGCGCCUGGAAGCAAAACUCCCAAAGGAUGGCGAUUCAUCCUCAAAACCAUCUCUUCUUCAUGACUCAGUUGAUGCAGAAGAUAUAUCCCGCGUUGUGUCCAAGAUCACCGGAAUUCCUACAACUAAAUUGAUGUCUGGGGAUGUCGAGAAAUUAAUUCAUAUGGAAGAUGCUCUGAGAAUGAAAGUCAAAGGCCAAGAUGAAGCCCUCAAGGCUGUGGCGGAUGCUGUGAGGCUCCAGCGUGCCGGUUUGGCGAGUGAUAACCGUCCUACUGCUAGCUUUAUGUUCCUGGGUCCUACAGGUGUUGGUAAAACAGAAUUGUGCAAGAGGAUGGCCGAGUUUUUGUUUUCCACAGAGAACGCUGUCAUACGAUUUGACAUGAGCGAGUUUCAAGAGAAGCACACAGUUAGUAGACUUAUUGGGAGCCCAGCAGGAUAUGUCGGGUAUGAGGACGCUGGGCAGUUGACGGAAGCUGUGAGAAGAAAGCCAUACGCAGUCCUGCUGUUUGACGAGUUUGAAAAGGCUCACAGGGACAUUUCAUCAUUGCUUCUUCAAGUUCUUGAUGAAGGUUUCCUGACCGAUGCCCAAGGCCGCAAAGUCGACUUCCGUUCUACGAUAAUAGUAUUAACGUCCAAUCUUGGUCAGGACAUAUUAAUCGAUGAUGCCACACCUGAAGGCCCUAUUACCCCCGAGACGAAGGCGAAAGUCAUGGAGAUAGUUCAGCACACAUACCCCCCCGAGUUUCUAAACAGAAUAGACGAGUUCAUUGUGUUCCAGAGGCUUUCCAGGGAAGCCAUAAGGGAUAUCGUUGAUAUACGUCUUAAAGAGCUACAGGAAAGAUUGCUGGACCGACGAAUCACACUAGAUGUAGAUCCGGAGGCAAAAGAGUGGUUAAGUAAGAAUGGUUACGACUACAGAUAUGGAGCUAGGCCUUUGAAUAGGCUUAUUAGCAAGAAGCUUCUGAACCCACUCGCAGUUAAGUUGAUUCGUGGCGAGAUAAGAAGCAAUGAAACUGCCAAAGUUAGGGUCAAGGAAGGUGGCGAGGAACUAGAGGUUUUGGCAAAUAGGGAGAUCGAAGAGGGCGGGUCACGACUUGGAAAAGUGUGA